AUGUCGAGCGCAAAUCAGCUCUUUCUCCUCGCGGACCACGUCAAGCUCUCGCUGCUCGAGAGGCAGCGCGCAAAGAGUCUCAACCUUGAAGGCGACUCCCAGGAUGGACAUAUUUCCCGCUCUCUUGAUCAGUUCCGCGACGGACUGGCUGCUCUCCGCGAGGAGGAGCAGCGUCUGAGCGAAGCCGGCGAUGCGACCGGCGCUUCAGACCUCUCCGAGUCCAUCUCAACACUUCAGAAGCAGUUCGACGACCUCACGACCCAGUUCCAAGGCCAACCCUCGGCUUCAGCCGCCGCGACCGUCUCGCACCCCAACUCGGAGGAGCUCGCCGACGACUUUGCCCACGCGGCCUCGACGUCGCCCAACUCGCGCAAGGCCAAGACGGUCCGCUUCACCGAUACACCCUCCUCCCCCUCCGCCGAGCUCUUUGGUCCUUACCGCGAUGACCCGUCCGACUCGGCCGGUUACCAAGACCAGGCGGCGGAGAUGAACAAUCAGCAGAUCCACGAGUAUCACAACCAGAUUCUCGAGCAGCAGGAUGAGCAGCUCGACCGUCUUGGCGAGUCUAUUGGUCGCCAGCGAGAGCUCAGCAUGCAGAUUGGGGAUGAGCUUGACAGCCACGUUGCUAUGCUCGAUGAGGUCGAAGGCGUCACGGACAGACACCAGAGCCGCCUGGAUCGCGCGAGCCGGACCCUCGGCAAGGUGGCUCGCGGGGCGAGCGAGAAUAAGCAGAUGACAACCAUUGUGGUUCUCAUCAUUAUCCUUGUGCUCCUCAUUGCCAUCUUGAAAUAGUUUCUUUUUUUUCUUCAUCCUUCUCUGAAGAGACAGCGGGCGUCGCGCAUCGGUUGGCGUUUUGGGAGUUAUUCAGGCUUGGGGCGUCGUUCCCAGGUAUAUGAUAUCGUCGUUUUUUGUCUAUCAAGAAUUCGGCUGGGCAACGAGUAGACAGACAAAGGCUCCGUGAAAGAUGACCUGUAUAUAUGUCCGCGGAACCUAUUCUCACCACAACUUGGUGAAAUUCGGCAUUAGGCUGGGAUUGUCAUCAUGGUGUGGUACCAUUCUCUCAAUUUCAAAGCUGUUUAAUCCUCG